AUGAAAGCAAUCAGAUGUAAAUCAAGCAGACAAGUUAGCAGUCAAGUCAUGAUUCCCUUUGGAUUUCUAAUUAUAUUCCUGCUUGCGGGGACUUCUUUUUCUGUAGAAAAAUAUAGAUCCAACUAUGACAAAAAAUUGAAUGCAUACGAGUACUGUAUUAAACUGAUCGCGGCUUGUGAAAAACUCCGUGAUAAAGUUGAAAACUUUACCGAAUCGGAUGAGUUUAAAAUUAACCAGGACACGGUCAAAGCUGCUCUGAAUAAAUACAAAAAAUUUGGUUGCUUACCCAAAGGCCUUUCCCCAGCAGGAUUAAGAUCGUAUGGAAAUCUGGUGGCCAAAUGGGAGAAUCAGGUUCACGAAUUAUUUCUCCUACAGAAUUUAUUCUCUGUCGUCGAGGAGCAUAAGGACGGACUCCAAAUUAAGGUAACUUUUGGCCAGAUGCAAGGUUGGUGUCCCAUGUCUGAUGAUCCACAGGAAAUCACAUCCAGAACAACCAGCACAACGUCAACCAAAGAAUCUUUAAAGCAAAGCUCCACCUUUAAACCUGAACUAGUCUCCACCACAAAAAAGAAUAAUAAAUUGCUUGGGAACUAUAGAAACCAAAGCUGUUGUUCAUAUAAAUCCAUCAGAGAUCGUGUGGAAAUUAUAAAUGAUGGUAUUGAUAUCCUGGAGGACCUUCAAGACCUUAAACCCUCAGAGAAAAAGGUUUACUCAGAUAUAGAGUCUGAUUAUCGAAAUCUGAACACCAGAUUGGAUCACCUUAAAAAUGGAAAUUACACUUAUUCAUCUGGAAAAUGUUGCCCAGCUUUUGUAAAUCAAUUUAAAAGUUUUCAAACUAAAGAAAAUCUGUGGAAAUCAAAUAAAACUCUUUCAGAUACGGAAAAUCUGAUCGACUUGGAAGCCAAAGAAAUUGAGAAACUGAAAAAACAAUCCGAAAACAUAAGCCAAAUUCAGGAAAACAAGACUCUUAUCAACAGCCUAAGUUUGAAUAUAAGUAAAUUAGUUAUUAAACUCAAUGAUAUGGAAUCAAUAAGAACCAUGGACUUAUCAAAACUGAAUACUAAUAGUUUCAAAAAGGUAUUCGAAAAGUAUCGAAAACAUCAUAAUGAUCUGAAUAAAUCUAUCAAGGCAAUUGAGGCUUCCCCUCAAGGAUCUCUCACGAAUGAUGAUGAAGUCAUAAACCCAGAUAUAAAUAAAUUGGAAAAGGACCUGGUUAACCUCACAGAUAACUCCAUACCCAAGUUGGCCCUGGAAAUCAAAUACCGCAGAAAAGACAUUGCCGAUAAAUUGGAGAGAAAGGAACAACAAGAUAUAACUUGGUUUAAUGAAGAAAUUAAAAAGAAAAAGCUUCAGAUUUUAGAGCGCCUCGACAAGUUAAAUCAAAAGAAGGUUGACUCUGAGAAAGUACGACAACUGGAGGCAUAUAUCUUACAGCUCUCAGAUCGACAUAGGAGCCUGGCCCAAAGAAUAGAAGAUCGACACGAAGUCCUAAAGCAGAAUGCUAACGAAUUGAGUAAAGGGAUUGCAGCAGCAUCGUCGAAUGCUCUCUCCUGCCACCAUAACUGCAAUUUGGCUAAUUUUCCCACCAUGGACGCCUUGGCCAAAAGGGAAAAUUAA